CUAGGCAAUUUAAAAGCAAAGGAAAAAGGAGGAUUCGGCUUUGACGGUUGGUAACUUUGACAGAAAGAAAUCAAAAGGAAAACAAUGGCGGAAGAGGGACAAGUGAUCGGCUGCCACACUGUUGAAUCAUGGAACGAGCAGUUCCAGUUGGCAAAGGCUUCCAAGAAACUGGUGGUGGUGGAUUUCACAGCUUCAUGGUGCGGACCAUGCCGUAUUAUUACACCAUUCCUGGUAGAGCUUGCUAAGAAGCUGCCCACUGUCAUAUUCUUGAAGGUGGAUGUGGAUGAAUUGGAGACCGUGGCUCAGGAUUGGGCUGUCGAGGCUAUGCCAACUUUUAUCUUUCUGAAAGAAGGCACACUAGUUGACAAGGUUGUGGGUGCAAAGAAAGAUGAAUUGCAGCAGAAAAUAGACUUGCAUUCUUCCGACCUGGUGCAGAAAGCAUGAAUCAAUAGUUUAAUUUUACUGUUUGAAGUCUGAAGUUGUUUUUGAAACUAGAAUUUUAUGUAUGAAUCUUAUCUGUGUCCCAGAUAAGUGCUAAAUAAUGGGUGUUUUAUUUGUAUUCCGCUAGAUUCUGCUGCUGCCCUUGUUUCUAUAUGAUAAUAUGAUAUUAAUCUUGUGUUUUCUGA